CCGUUAAUGCAGAGUAGAAGAAGAAUGUAACUUCGUGAAAAGGGCUUCUGUAGUGGCGUCGCGUCAGACGCUUAGCUAAUAGUAAUAACACGGUAAAACGACGGAUAUUCGGUUCUCGGUCAGUAUUACGAGGCGGUGUUAGGUUGUCAGUAAUGUAUAUUGGUCCGUCGUCUACACUUUGAAGGCUCUCUCGUAGCACUGAUAAUGCUGAAAAUGAAGCUACCGACGAAAACGGGCGAGGAAGGAGGUAACCAAACGGCUAAGAACGAUUCAUUGGAUCGGCCGAAGCACCAACAUGUUCUCGGGGCGGCAUCUCCCUCCGUGGCGUAUGACAAGCUGGGGGACUCGCCCAGACCUCCGGUGUAUCCACCACAACUGGACAAGGAGAGCGUCUUUGAGUGGUUCGGCCUGCACCUAAACCCUGCUAAGCGUAUCGAGUUCAUGUGCGGGCUGUUGCAUAUGUGCCAACCCCUGGAGCUCCGUUUUUUAGGAUCUUACUUGGAGGAUCUCGCUAGAAAAGAUUACCAUGUUUUACGGGACUUUGAGUUUCGAGCAAAUAAUCCGAGCGAUUUGGGAGUGUUAACGGACGUGGUUGACCCAGUGAUCAGGUCUAAACUCCUAGUCUGCCUGUCCCUCCUCGGGUCUGACAGCAGGGAAUGUGCUGGAAUACUCUUUCGGAUACUGAGCCAUGUCAACCCGGCCUUGUUCUGCAAAAAUUACGAGUGCCCCCUCCCUCCAUUUAGGGACUCUCACGUUCACUCGCCGUGUCAGGCCGACAAUAUGUACGGAGGUUCAGAAGAAGACUGCGGCUUCUCUGCAAACGACACAGCCGGAGGACCUCUGGAGCAGAUUGCGCUGCUUUUUACUAUGGCGUCCCUGCACCCAGCCUUCCACUUCCACCAACGCCAAGUUGUUCGGGAACUGCUCGACAAAAUAGAGCUGGCUAUGGAGGAGGGAAAGCGUCAACGCCAGCGUAGAUUAAACGUCCAAGCAACGGAGCUGAUGGGCCAAAAGGGAGAUUACCUGGCCUCUCAAGGGCUUGGGCUAGGAGAGUGUCCAGCCUCCCAUCCACCUUGCCAGAGCCGACGGUCCAGCCGCAGGGCAACACAGAGAGAAGCUGUGCAUAUCGAGGGAAUUGUGCUUAAGGGCAUCUGUCGGAAGAGAACGGACAAGGAAUACAAUUUUGAGGUGACCUGGUCCGACUCCUCUUUCAGCCAAGUGACCAAAACCCAUUUUGAGCUGGAGAACUUCCUCCUGAAGCUUCCUAAGGAUCAGUGUACAGAGUCUUUUGAGAAGAGCAUCUUGAAUCUUUUGAACCAGGGGGGCCAGUAUGAGAGCAGGGAGGUGGAGAAGAACCUCAGAGAGAGGUUCCUGUCUGCGCCUCCACUGUUCAGGCAGACCAGAAAGGUCUGCAGCUUCUUCAACUGUGAUUCCAGUUGCGCUGCCAAACCUACUUGUAGCAGAUGCAACUGUCAGCUGGGCACAGCCUACCAGGGAGACUGCUCCGAUGCCUCCAGUCAGGAGGAAGAGUCGUAUCUACAGGGACACAAGAAAAAGCACGGGUCCAAGAGUCCAUGUCAGCUCAGUCUGUCUAGUGCCAAAGGCUCCCAGGUGGACCCUCGCAGGGGAGGACAUGCUGCAGAGCUCAAUGGGCCUGCAGAGAGGAGAAAGAAGAGCUGCGCACCGCGAAGUAGCCAGGAAGCCGAACAGCACCAGGACACAGACAAGAGAAGCCACCCAUCCACCAAAACCAAGAGCAGAGUGCUGCCCACAGAAGGAGACAAGGUGAAGUGCAAGUCUGUUACCUUUGUGUCCAACGGGUGUUUGGUAGCAGCCCCGAGGAAAGAUGGCGGUUCAUCAUCAGAAAGCUGCAGCUCCCCAUCCAGCCCACAGCACCGAGGACCAGAGAGCCUGGAAAGUGAGGAUGAACACAACAAAGAUACAGAUAGCCCCUGUGAUGAUCUCUGUAAAGGACCGGGCUCUGACAUGUUCUUCACCGGCCAGACUGAUUCUGCUGUGCUGGCGGAGGCCUCCUUCAGCAGCCUGGAGGGGAGAGCAGACUUCCCACAUAUUUCCUUCAUGCAUAAUGUGAGCUACAUACUCCCCAAUGGAGCUGCGGAUGCUGGGCUCCCAUUGGGUUCACUUCCUGGCCAGAGCCUGGUUCCAGAGGGAAAGCCCUCAUCAGGGCCGCUAAUGAUUCCGAUGCCCACACUGCCUCCAGCCGUCUCUGGAAUUGUGGACGACCCGGAGAAGAGGGAUGUUGUCCAAACCUUUGGGAUUCCACCUACUGGACUGCAUCCUGCAGGAAGUUCUGCUAUGCAGCCUUUGGUCCAGGGCUUCAAAACGGCUUUGUCUCACAGCCAGGGUGGCACUGACGGAGUGCCGGGGAGUGGCUCUUCACCUGCUGCACCGCAGGUUUCACACCAGGGUCCAAUCAGACCCAUCAGCGUCAUGUCUUCUCCGAUACUAACCUGCCAAGACCCAGCCAACGUCAGCCCGGGCCUGGCCUCUUCUCUACCACAUGUGGAGACAUCGCAAAGCAAGCGCCCAGGCUUACCGUCUGCCCUGCCUUCUCCCUACACCCUGCCCCCCGUCCCAAUGCCAACUCUGGGGGCACCUGUGACCCCUGUUCCAUCCCCUGGACAAGUACAAGCUGCUGUUCCCCCAGCUGUGCCCACACACACCCCUGGACCUGCCCCAAGCUCCAGCCCAGCACUUACACACAGCAUAGCACACAGCGACUGUACAUCCUACAGUAACAGCAGUGCUUCCAGUGGAAGCACCCCGGUCGCUCCUGGUAGCCCUCUCACUCUCCAGCAGACCCAGCAGCCAGCAGCACCGCAGCAGCAGCCGCCAAUGGGCUGCGGGAUGUGCGGCUGUCACAAUAACUGCGGCAGCCGAAGCAGCAGUGCGAGCGUCGCCUCCGGUCAGACGCCUUUAUUCUUCCCUGGCCACCAGAUGGCAGCAGCGCACCAGAUGUUCAGUGUUCCUCCACCGCUCUUCCAGAUCACAAGCCUGUGCAAUAACAGCUACCUCACCCAGGCUCACCCUCCUCACCAGGCCAACGGACCCACCUCCCUGCCCCCUUACUUCCCCAGCGCUCCUCCAGCACAUCCACCCCCUUACCUUAACACUCACACCCAAAGUCACGCAGAGGUUCCAUCGCACAUGCUGGCCACGCAGGCUACAGCAGUGGUAGCCGCCAGCUACAGCCUCCAGCAGCCUAUGGCUCCAAACACAUCGUUCUGCCACCAUGUCUACCAGCAUGUGUACCCUCCCCUGGGGAUGCUGCCUCCCUCUCUGUUGGGGGGAGGUGGCGUCAAUAAGAAGAACGGGAACGUGUCCUGUUAUAACUGCGGUGUGAGCGGCCACUUUGCUCACGAAUGCAACCAGCCCUCCAUUGACUCCACACAGCAAGGUGGGUUCCGGUUAAAGUACACACCGUCCCACAUCUCAGACGGCCCUGACAACGCUGACUGAAGAACACGAGGAGGAUGGAGAGAAGUUCCUGCGACCUCGUUUCCAUGGCAGCAGCCUCUUCCCUGGGAGCUGCUUGUGAGCAGCGUGAUUAAGCUUCUGUGUUCGCCACCACAUCCUCUGAACAGGACCGACCUGCCAAGGGCUCCGUGGACAAAACCUGAGUACUCGUGCCUGGGAAAAUCUUCCUCCCGUGGGGUUUACUCACUGUCACUCAUUGCACACACAAACUGUCCAUGUGACUCGAAGCCCCACCCCCUUUCAGUUGGUUUUUGAUAUUUUUGCACUGAGGGUCGGAAAUGAUUAACUUAUUAAUUCUUAGGAAGUGAAAGCUAUUUUGAGGAUAUUUAGUUUUAACAUUAAUGCGGAGCCUUCGGUCUCGACUGGGAGCUUCUUAAACACUUAUUUCUAAGAGAGAGCGUAUUUAUGCCUUUUUCCUAACUGUUCACGAUUUUAUUGUACAGCAGUUUUCAAAGAUUACGAAUCAAAGAUUGAUUUUGUUUUCAAUUUUGCUGUAAGGUUUUUGAAUGUACGUUUAAAAAGGAAUCUGAUUCAGAGUGGACGGCUCUCAUGCGUUUUUGCCACUUGGUGUGUUUUUAGUUGAAGGGUAAUUGCUGCUGCUUUGUAAUUUAAUUUUCUUAUUGUUUUCCAUUUUUUAAAGUUAUUUUACUUGGUCAGAUGCACUAUAGAGAAGCAGGAGCGACUACAACAUUCUGCACCGGAUACACGUUUAGUGGUGUUCAUUUGAAAUCUGCAUGAAUUGGCAAACUAAUGAGUAUUUUAUGUAAAACGUUGUUUCAGGUGUAGAACCGAUUUUUAUGGCUAACAGCGAAAAAGUUGAAGCGACAUACUGUAGAAAUAAAACUGGGAUUCCAGGUAAUGAGUCAGACCAGUUCUGUUCCAGAUGACACGUUUGGUCCUCACCAUGUUGCUCGGUCUUAUUUAUUUUUCCCUUAAAAAAACCUUAAACCUUAGUAGCUUUUUCCUUUCAGCGUCUGUGCUCGGCAAAGUCCAGGCUCCAGUGUGCGUCAAACUGAGAAGCACAACGUGUUGGCUCAUCGUGUCAGAAAGGCAAACAUGUUCAGUUUAGUUCAUAUCCAAGCCCCCUCCAACAUUUUUGCAUUAAUUAGUAUUAAAGUUUAGGUCACUUGCAUUAUUGGGAAACAUCCUUUUCUCUGACUGCUGUAACCAUGUUCAAGUUUGGCUACCAUGUGUUACCAAACAUGGUCGAGCAGCAGAAGUGUUAACUGACUUAUUUGGCUCAAUGCCUCAGGCUCCUUCUCCAACUUUACCUGGGCCAGUGUAACUGCAGCAACUACGUAUCUAAUAUGGGUCCAGUUUAAUAGACUGGCCUGUUGGAAUCAUCACUGAUCUGGGAAGAUCAAUUAUCAGUUGAGUGUUUGAAAGGCAAAACUUGUCCUCUUUCAACCAAGUUCUCCCCCACAUCAGAUUAAAGCUGAACUUUCAGCUUUAAUUUGAUCUACUAAAUGGCGAUGUGGCCACAAAGGUGCAGCGUGUCAUACAGCGUUCCCAUGAAGCAUUCGUGGUGUUGGCAGAAGCUGUGAAAUGGAAACUGCCUGAUUUGUAAAGCACACAGACUGGGUGGGUCCAGCCUCUGACAUUUACAGGCUGAACUCCAGUGGAUCUCAACACUGUCACAGACACCUGACACUUUCUGGAUUUGAUUGAAUCGAUUGAAAAGAUCUAUAGUUUUGAUUUCUGAGUAUUUUAAGGUGAACUUCAGUUAUUUUGAUGUGGAAAAGCUUGAGCAGCAGAUUUAAAGCGAUGAAUGUUCUGCUGAGGUUAUUUGUGACACAGAUUAAAGAAGGCAGGGUGUGAAUAUGGAGGCCCAAAGUGUUUGAGAGUACAUCAAUUAAUUGUUGAUCAUGUAGAAUAUAAGUGUAAUUAAAGGUGGCUUAAUUCAUAACUCAAUGUUAAGGUUUUUAAGGAGGAUCUAAGAUUUUUCUGUGUUUUUAGUUUAUAAUGGAAUUUGUCUGUCGCUGUUCCCUUAUGUUUUAGCUGAUAACUACAACUUGUGGCAUAGACGGUGUACACAAUGGGCCGAGCCACUGUGAUAUCACCCACUGGUUAGUGACGUUUGCUACGGGGCCUCGAACUGAGUGUUUUUGCCGUUCCUACCUUGAAACCAAUGAGGCAGGUGAGGAGGAUCUGAAACAGCUUGACUAAUGACCUGUCAGUGAUACAACUGAGGAAGACCCGAUAACCACAGUGGUCGCCCCCCGAUGGCCAUUGAAAAUAACACUGCAGGUUGAAGGCUGCACUGGGUUCACUUUUCACAUCAGUCUUUACUGUCUGUGCCUGCAAGCAAGCAAACUGCUGCCCACAUUAGUCAGUCAGCACAGCUUAGAGUAACUAAUGCUGAAUCUAGCUGCUAGUAUAACAACAACUUGGAUAAGGUUAUAAUCUAGUUUUCUGUUUAGCAAACAUUAGCUCAUUAACCAGUGACGUCUGAAGCCUUUUGAGCAGCCGUUCAGAAAACAGCCCUUUACUGUAGUGCUAACCUUGGUUAGCUCUAAAGCUAGCUUGGCAGCUUAACUGCCUCGGUGAGCAGCAUGAGUUGCCUUUUAAAACCAACUUGGUUAUAAAUAAACAGAGUAAGGUGUUCCCACAUUUCUGUUGAAUACCUUCAGCACUAUUGCUGUUCUCGCUCCAAGCAGCUAACUGACUAUAGUUGAAAGCUGUUGAUGAGCUUGCUUUAACCCAUUUUAAUAUUAAAAUUUUAAAUGCAUUUUGACAAACUUGUCCCCACCUUAGUCCUGUAAGAGAUUAAGUUCUCACUACAAAAUAAAUGAGAUCAGUUCGAGAACGCUCGUCGCUAACACAAAUGUUGGAUUGUUUUAUUUAUUAAUGAAGACGUUGAAGUUUCUGGUCACCAUUUGAUGCACUAAGGCCGUUCAUUGGUUGUUUUCAGAGCUUUGUGGAUAUGGUGCUUGUUUUGUGCCGUGUUUGUCCUCCAUUAUUGCUCAGCCUGCUGUCAGUGCAUUAGUUGAUCUAUGCAUACAUGUUUGGGUCCCCCCCCAGAUGUUUUAAAUUGGGUGACAAGAGAAGCAAGUGUUGGAGACGACAAGAUAUUUUAUGUAAAACUGCUAAGGAGCUGCACAAAAACAAACAAAACUGUAGAUGGGCUUUAUUUAUGUUUCCCUUUGAAGUUCUUCCUUUUCAUCCAAGACUUGACGAUCCCACUGCUCUGGAUCACAAGCAGUGAGAAGAUGUGGAUGAAGAAGAGGGGAGUCAUGUGUGUGUAUAUACUGAGGACACCAAAUAAAC